GUCGCAGAACUUGGGCCUCGCGUUGCAGAGGCUGAACAACUUGCACCAUACUAUAGAAUCUCACUCAGAUCGAGCAUGGCUUCGUUUCUGCCGGUACUCGCACAAGGAGAUGUGGAUAGAGCGACGCAGUUGAUUCAGCAAUCAUACUCCCCCCAACAACGACUAUCCUCUGAAGAACAACGUGGUCUUCAGCAAGAACUCUUUGAGAUCCAGCGUCGGCCGGAGGCAUGGGGUUUGGUUCUACCGUUCCUGAGCCACCCCGAUCCAAAUGUGCAAUUCUUUGGCGCGCAUACAGUCCAAGUCAAGAUUGCACGAGACUGGGAAUCGGUACCCGAAGAUGCCGCGCCGCAGCUGAGAGACAUGCUGCUAGAAUUGACUGGUCGCGCGAUCACGUCAGGUCAGAGCAAAGUGACCCUUCGCAAGCUCUUCGUAGCCAUCACUUCGCUUGCGAUCAAGCUACAUCCCGGCAGCCCCACCCGCUGGCCAGACUGGCUGCGCGCUACGUUGUCUGUAUUCUCCAACAUCGGCGUCCCUCGGGAGCACCUCAUGGAUUUCCUGGCGAUCGUCGCCGAAGAGGUGGAGACCGCAGACCUACUGCCACCCAGCAAGGCCCAGAUGCAGUCAAGUCUUGCGGAAGCCAUACCUCUCGUCACGCAAGGAAUCAGCAGCUCACUGACAGCUCCUGCAGGACAACGUGCUCCUCACGAGCUCAGUUCGGCGUCGAAAUGUCUGCAGGCGUGGAUGUCGAUCCUCCCCGCAAACGAUCUCACACCAUUCGUCUCAUUACUCCUAGCAUUGAUGAUCCCCACCGUCGAAUCAUCCACUCCAGAAUUCGACGAUCAGGCAUUCAUCCCCGCGUCCGACAGCCUGCAAGAGCUGUUGACCGCAUCUUCUUUGUGCGACGGCUCAGGCACGAAGACUGUCACAGAACCGCUGCUUCUCUGGUUAGACCGUUACGGGGGUCCCGUCGUGCAAGCCUCCAUAGACGCGGGUUUCGCGGACGACAUCUCACACUCGCUGUGCAAACUGCUCGUCGCGCUCGGCGACCACUCUGCGAUGUAUUUCGCGAAGAACAUCGCGGCGCCCGCGCAAGUCAAGCCAAUAGCUUCCCCUGUACCGCUACCAUCGCCACUCCCCACGCUCUCGCAUCUUGUCCAGAACUUCCUCAAAUUGCUACUACAGUACACCGCGCUGCCGGGCUACUACGGCGUAGACGAAGAAGAAAGCGAAAUGACACUCGGGUUCUGGUAUCUAUUUCAAGAGUCGCUAUGGAACGUAGACUACGGGUUCGAUGUAGGUGAGGACGGGGACGCGGGGAACGAGGCGGAGGAGCGCGACAGGGACAUGAUGCCUGUCGCGAAAGCGGUGUACUCGGAACUCGUGACUAUAGUGCGACGAAAGGUCGUCUGGCCGCCCAGAGCCGUUCUGAAUGGCUGGAAUCGAGACCAGAGGGACAGGUUCCAAGCGUAUCGGCGAGAUGUUGGUGAUACUCUGAUAAAUGCGUACUACGUAUUGCGAGACGAGAUGCUCGCAUUCUACGUGACCGAUCUCCUUCAGCGACUAUCUACGCGACAAGAAUCAGACGGAUGGGAGGAGAUCGAGGGGACGCUACAUUGCGUCAUGGCUGUACAAGAAGCCGUGCCGAUUGAGGACUCGCCGCACCUCCGGCAGGUCUUUGGGCCAGAAAUCCUCGGAAGGCUUCCCAAGGCGGGAGAUGAGCGUGUUCGCAGGACUGCCCUGCACCUAAUCGGCAGCUACGCGUCGUGGUUCACGACACAACCGGCACAAGUGCCAGAGUCACCAACGCCGUCGCCACUCAUGAGCGCCAUUACGUUCGUCGUUGCGGCACUUUCACAUCCCUCGCUAUGCUUGUUCGCUGCGAAUGCGCUUCGCGAUCUGUGCGACGCGAAUCGGACCGCGCUUGCGCCCCAUAUUGCUGCUUUCGGGGAGCUACAUGCAGGCUUGACAGGCAUUCCUGACACGGAGAAGGCGAAGGUCUUGCAGUCCAUUGCGAGUGUUAUCCAGGCCCUGCCUCCGGUAGAGGAAAUCCCUCCUGUCGAAGCAAUCGCCAGUCCCGUGGUAGCAAGGCUGUUCGAAGCGCUGCAGUCGGCCAGCCAGCUACCCGAUGAAGCGCGCGCAUUGGCAGUUCAACAACUUGAGACCUUGACUGGCGUCGCCCGAGGGCUGACGAGGGUCACAGACUCUUUGCUUGCUCUUGACGAUUCGCCGGAGGUUCAAGCUGCGAUUGGGGAUAUGAGCCGGGCACGUGAAGACGACAGGGUCGUCAAACUGCGCGAAGCCAUCCUGUCUGCCAUCCGGGGCACUGUCGAGCUGUGGUCAACCGACGCCAGCGUGUGCGAUGCCUUGAGUGAUCUCUUCAAGGCGAUAACUGCGCUACCCUCAGACGUCACGCUCAUCUCGCUACCCGCCGGGCCACUUCUCGAGCUAGUUUGCUUGGCUGCUCAACGACAACUUACGGCAGUCUGGCUAUCGCUUGCGACGAUGCUUGCUAUUCAGCUAAACCCUCCAGCGUUGAUCGUAUCCACGUUCAAGCCAGAACCAAGUGCUGAAGCGGCCGAGAUCGCGUUGAACGUACUCCAGGUAUUGUUGCAAACAUCGUUGAGCGCAUUCGCGCAGCCAGGCGUCAUGAUUGGAAACCCAGAUAUCGUACAAGCAUUCUUUGGCUGCGUAGAAUCGUUCAUCCACCACUUCCUGCCCAUCUUCUACCGCCUACCUGCGGGCCUCUUCGAUGGCUUGGUCCAAUGUGCCAUCGGCGCUCUAUCACUUCAAGAACGAUACUCUCUCACAUCCGCCUCCACAUUCCUCAGUUCCCUCAUCACCCGCACCGCCACCAACGACGAUCUGGCCGCAGCGAAGGCGAGUCUGGCACAGACACACGGGUUCCAGAUCAUGCGCGCGAUCUUGUUUGGCUUCGCGGGAGUUGCGCCCCGAUCUGCGAUGCCGAACUUAAUCGAGUUGCUGUCCACGAUGAUCACUCGCUAUCCAUUGGAGAGCAAGCAGUGGAUAUCUGACAUCUUGUUCGCGGAGAACUUCUAUCCCUGUCGCGCGACCCCAGAAGCCAAGACCAAGUUCAUCAAGACGGUGUUUGGCACACGAUCGCUCAAACGCACGCGCGAAGCUGCGCAGCAAUUCACUCUCGUCGCUCGAGGCCUCGAGGGGUCCGCGUUCGGGUACGCCACUGUGUCCAUGUAACGGCAGCACACAUCUAGUAGUAGGAACCCAGCCGCAUGCAGAUAAUCCUGUACGAACAGUAGGAACAGCACAAGUAUAAUAGCCACGCAUGACCCAC